AUGGCGAGCUCAAAGACACCAACCCAAUCGCUCGUCCCAGCCAUCCCUGCAACCGAGUUCGCUAUAUCAUACGAUAGUGCCUUUACAGCUGGGGGUUAUGCUCAAGGUCUCGCGCCCCAAGAAUUGAAGACGCUCUCGCAUGUCAACUGCUCGUAUCUGUCGGGAAGCAGGGCGCCCACUUUGUUCGAACUUAAGCAGCAUGCGCAAUCUCUCGCCAUUCUCAUCCGCAGAGUAUCACUAUCAACGACUUUCGGCGUGAUCGAUAACGAGAAUUACCGCAAGGAUGUUUGUGCCCCGCGGUUCGAUGAGAACGAAGCGUUCGACUGGUUGAAUGAUCUGUCGGCGCCGUACGCCAACGAUGACGAGCACCACAACCGACCACUUUGGGCUCUUCACAACCACGUGGCAUCCGAGUCCGAGCGGCAUGGUGCAGAACACCACUGUCCCCUCGCUACAUGCCACGAAUCAGCCAAGGAUGACAGAAAAUCACCUGAACCUCAGCCCCAAGUGUCGUACGCUCACCUGACCCAGCACGCGAACCAGUGCCUCAGCAUUCUGGAUCAUGACCUGGCGGGCAAGGGCGGCAUAAUGGCACUGGUACCUGAGGUCAACUCCGUGGGCUUCCAAGACUUUGAGAAUACCCUGGUAGGGCAGCUACUACUCCGAGAAGAAAAGUCCGCCGAAAGGAUACUGCAGUUGGAGUAUCUCUAUGCGCAAGCCUUGGAUGCUCUAACUCCCGCGGCCUUUGCGCCCUUGCAAGUGAGGAGCGUGGACAAAUCUCGCGAUUCAGAACAGUAUGAAAGGGAGGCCCAGCGCAAAUUUGUCCUGGUCAACGUGACGGAAGAUAUGGAGCGAGUGAUCCAUGGGCUGUUUGACGAGGCGGAGCGGAAGCAUAUCGGAACAGAAGCUCGGGCAUCCCUGAAUGGUGUAAGCGGGCGAUCUGUCGACGCCGCCGCCCACAGCCCGGCACUGAUCAAACUUGACAUGCUCUCUCGGCUGUAUCGUGUCAAGGGGGCUGGGUCGGACAGCGCCAUCUUCCUCCUCCCCGCGUUGAAGCACCAUCCUGGCACCCGGGACACUUUGGCAUUGGAAAGCACACCCCGGGUUGUGACUGUGCCAGAGCCACACGAGACUGUGCAUCGCGCCACGAAGCUGGAGCAGAUGCGACGCGCGGAGAGAGCUCAUUGGCAAGAGGAGCGCAAGAAGCUGACUGCCCAAGCAGGGACUGUAGAACCAAGCGAGGUGAUGUUUACUUAG